GCGAUUGCGCUCAACUCAUUAGACCUGCUUUCCUCGUCGUUCUCACCCUUGGAACACACACUCCGUCCGACCGAGAUCGAACGGCCACAAUCCCUCAAGGUCCAGGUCCCACAUCUUUCCUUCCGACUCUGACCCCACUUGUCCCCAGUAACAAAAUCAACAAAGACAUUGUCCCUCCCUCAAUCCAAAAUUCCAAAUCAGUCAACUUAGCACCGCAUGGAUCGGAGGCGGAACGGCAGUCCGGUCUACUCGCGGCAGCGGAGUGGCGGUUCGAGCAGCACCGGUUCGUCCUCUCCGGCCAUGUCGCCGGCUCACCACCAUUCUCGGACCUCGUCGGCGGCCGGCCUCUCGAACAUCAAGAGAACUCAGAACGUUGCCGCCAAGGCCGCAGCUGCACGGCUGGCACAGGUCAUGGCAACUCGCACUGCCGACGACGACGACGAUGAAGACGACGAUUUAGGGUUCCGUUACACUGCUCCUCCUCUUCCGUCGUCUUUCUCCAGCAGUGUUAAUAAUAAUAGCAUACCUGCGAUCUCGUCAUCCAGGCCAACUAGAUCCCCCUCUCCUGCGUUAGGUCGGAACUAUCUAGAUCAUGCUACUACAGCGGUUCGCUCUACGUCGGCUGGACGGCCAUCAGUAUCUGUUCGGACAACACCAUUGGUACCACCAAGUAAAACAGCACUGAGGACUGCAGUUAGUUUACCACCCAUAGAACCUCCUAGUAGUAGGCAAAGAGAGAAAAGGUUUACAACAGAGAUGGGACAUCUUAACUUAAAAGAUACAGGGAAUGAGCGUGAGGCUUCUGCACUUCGAGAUGAGCUUGAUAUGCUACAAGAAGAGAAUGAGAACAUUCUUGAGAAGCUCCGACUUGCAGAAGAGAGAUGUGAGGAAGCUGAGGCAAGAGCUAGAGAGCUCGAGAAACAGGUUGCUGCUCUUGGAGAAGGCGUGUCUCUAGAAGCUAAAUUGUUGAGCAGAAAAGAAGCAGCAUUACGCCAGAGAGAGGCUGCUCUUAAAGCUGCAAAGCAAACCAAGGAGGGGAGAGAUGAAGAGAUUGCGGCUCUUCGGUCAGAACUUGAGAAUGCAAAAGAUGAGGCAGUAGCAUCUGUAGAACAGCUUCGAGAAGCAGAAUCUGAAGCAAAAUCUCUUCGCUCAAUGACACAUAGAAUGAUUUUAACUCAGGAAGAGAUGGAAGAAGUUGUUCUUAAGAGAUGUUGGCUUGCUCGCUAUUGGUGUUUAGCUGUACGUUAUGGUAUAUGUGCAGAUGUUGCAGUGUCAAAGCAUGAACACUGGUCAUCAUUAGCACCUCUUCCCUUUGAAGUUGUGAUUUCUGCUGGACAAAAGGCUAAGGAAGAGUCUUGGAGCCAAGGUGGUGAUGAUCCAGAGAAAAGGAUUAAACUUGUACGGGAUUCAAGUGAUCUAACUGGAGAAGGCAGUAUUGAAAGUAUGCUUUCAGUUGAAAUGGGUUUGCGGGAGCUAGCUUCUUUGAAGGUUGAAGAUGCUGUUGUGAUUGCACUAGGCCAACACCGGCGUCCAAAUUUGGUUCGACAGUCCAUCUCAGAUCCUCAGUCACCUGGUCCAAAGUUCAUGGAGGCAUUUGAAUUGAGCCAAGAGGAGUCUGAAGACGUUCUUUUCAAGGAGGCAUGGCUUACAUAUUUUUGGAGAAGAGCCAAAGCUCAUGGUGUGGAAGAGGAUAUUGCUGAAGAGAGACUUCGAUUUUGGAUCAGUCGCAGCGGCCAAUCCCCAACAUCACAUGAUGCUGUUGAUGUUGAGCGAGGUCUGAUGGAGCUGAGGAAGCUUGGGAUUGAACAGCAAUUAUGGGAAGCAUCUCGCAAGGAAAUUGAUCAAGCUUCUGCACCUACUGCCAAUCACAAGUUAGUUGCAAAUUCAGAAGCCUCACCUUGAUGAUUGCCACCUUUGAUAUGUUUAUGUUGUGUUUUCUGGACUUUAACAAGUUUUGCAAGAGCAUCUUCCUUGGCUUUAUUUGCAGUGUCCCGUUUUAGGAGAUCUAAGAUCAUUGUAUCACUUGUAUUACUAGUGAGAGAUACAGGGAGAUGCACCACCCAUUUUUAUAUACAUUUCGUUCUUUUUAGGUCUUUUUAAUGGUGUUUGUAUCAUAUAUUUAGAUUUAAAAGCGAUAACAUACUUUGAUAAUGACUUGUUUUUGUAACAGCUUGCGAUUAUUUGAA